GUGAACGGAGGAGUGUUCGUGAUUCAAGUGCUUACAAUCGUCUUACAAUCGUCUUAUAUGCACCUGUUUCAUCCUGCAGGGGCGGUACGGGAAGCGAUACAUCUCCGUGACGUACAUGGGAGUGAGGCACGGCAAGGUGAGGUCUGCUGCUCCGCACUUCGAGGCGCCCUUCACGACCGUCCCUGGCGUGAUGGAGGGCGUGAGUGUCGCGGAGCUGCGGUGCCAGUGUCAGGGCAACGCCAGCGCCACGCCCUACCAGGUUCUCGUCAACGAGCAACUGAUGAAGCUACACGUGAAUGCCCAGAGGUACGGCUACUGGUACGUGGUGGUGGUGGUGACCCUGUACCUGCUGGGCGUGGUCCUCAUCGUGCAGCGAGAUAGAAACAAUGACUGCAGCGUCACCGCCACCGCCACCGCCCUCGUGGAGUGUGUGUCCUCCUACGAUUGCUCCAACGAUGACGGGGACUCCAGCGGCGACGACGAGGAGGCUGCCAUCCCUCUCGCGACGGCCUCGUGGUCCUCACGUCGCUCCCUGCAGGUGCUGAUGGUGGCGGCUGUGGAGGACGGGGACGUGGAAGGCGAAUGUUGCAGUACUAAUGUGUGAUCGGGUGCUGCGCUGACACGCCGUGCUGAUGAUGACCUGCCAUGGCACACCCAUGAACGCGCGGCUACUGAGGAUCGCUGUGGCUCAUUGGUCGUUCUGAAGUCACUUUGCCUACCGCCCCCACAAACACUUCCAUACACAAGACUCAUUAAGGUAGCCAGUUGUCCCUGCAUGUCCGUCAGGCCGUUCUCCUCGGUCUUCCGCGCCUCGUAACUUUUCCUUCCCAGCUGUCUGGAGCACACGCAUGAGACAACAAAGCCAUCAACUGUACGGGUGUUCCGCGGUCCCCUCCGUUAUGCCCCUUCGCGAUGUAGACUCACCUGUAUUUGUCUGAGUAUUAUAGUAAUAGCAGUAGUAGUAGUAGUAGUAAUAGUAGUAGUAGUAGUAGUAAUGGUGGUGGUGGUGGUGGUGGUGGUGAUGGCAGUAGUAGUGGUAGUUGAUAUAGUAGUAAUAGUAGUAAGCCUAGCGUGACAAUGUUAAUGGAGCAGGGCGUGUUUCCUCCUCCAUCUGCCCUUUGUCUGCCACGAGUGCGAAAGCAUCCCUGUGUUCUCUCACCCUUGGUCUUCCUUCCUAUACUUUAGUGAGUUACCUACAUUACAGUGUAUGCUGAAGAGGUUGUUUAUCUUAUCUACAACCUUGUCUUGUCUAUUCUUUCUAUUCCAUUUUCCAUUCUGUAUUGUCCAUUAUCUGCAUGUUUCUUUUCCGUAUCUUUUUUUUUCACUUUCCUUUCCUUUUUUUUUUCAUUUUUGUACUGCCUGCUCUAUGUACCUCUAUUUUUCUACUCCAUCUCUUCUUCCCAUUUUUCACUCUCCUUCCUCUCACUCUUCCUUCUUUGGUUUCUUCAUAUUCAUUUUUCUUUCUCAUUCAAUCAAUUCGAUUUCAUUUAUCUUAUCUUCCCUCUUCCCUCUGUAUAUUCGCCCCUUUCAUCCCUCUACGUCAAUUUUUUUCAUUCUCUUCCUUCUCAUCUCUUACCUCUUUUCCACACUCGGUCAGCUGAACCCCGCCUGCCGAGGGGUAAGGAGGACACGGUAGCAGUGAAACAACUCCCAGCUCAGACUGUCCCUCCCGCCGAGACAGAUUGAUUCCACGUGAACGUAAAUCCACACAAAGUUAAAUUAAAGAUGCCUCGUUGCCAAGUCUGAUUCCAACUCGCUCGCUUGCUCUCUCGCUCGGGAAAUUUAGAGUUAAAUAGUUUUAGAUCCUGUACGAGUUGUGUCUGACGGCGUGCUGGUGUGGGUUUGUUUUGUGGAUUUGAGAGAUGUUUGUCUCAGUUUCUUUCAUUUCUCUCUCUCUCUCUCUCUCUCUCUC